AUGURUAAUAUUUCAAAAAUGCUGGCUUAUKYUUGCAUAAUAAUAAUUUGGAUGAUAGCAAAUUGCGAUUCGGCYAGCGUUAGAAUGACUUAUCUGCGCUGCAAAGCUAUUGACAAGAAACUACUCAGCAUACCGUUAUGUAUAACUAAACCGAUUUCGAGAAACAUUACAGAGACGUCCUUACAUGUGAUCCUGACACGUCCCAUAUCGGAUGUGACUGUGCGCAUUAGCUUUAUGAAGAAAUCUACGGACUAUUCUUUGUAUUUCGGAGARCGAACUUAUGAUGCUUGCAAAUUCAUUGCUAAACGAAAAAUGUUUCCAGUUCCAGAUUAUUUGUUUGGAAUCAUAGAGGAUUUUACAAAUCUGAAUCACUCCUGUCCAYAUGAGGGUGACAUAAUUGUUGACCGCUUUCGCGUACGAACUUAUAAAUUGACAUGGCUACCGAUGCCCGAAGGUGAAUAUGCAAUUUAYACACAUUGGACCGUCAAAGGAAAGUCCGUUGCGGAAUUCAAUGUCUUUUUUAGUUACAAUUAA